AUGGCCCAGGCGCUGCGACACCUUCUUGAUGGUCUUUCUGCUUGUGACCUUGGCGAUGCGUACUUGCACAACGUGAACUCAAGCUCAUGCGACCGAGCUUAUCCUGAGAUGUCCUGCAGCGACUUGGACUACAUGGCACGUCACCGCGUGGUCUACGAAGAGCCCUUUUAUGACCAGCAUCUUCAGUCGAGCAAGAUGGAGAAACUCUCCUUGACCAUCCUCGAGCUUGCUUUGCACAUGACGCGCCACGCCAACGAGCGGAUCCUCAUGAACUUUCUGGAGUGGGAUGCCGAGCAUGCGCGGCAGCAUGGGGGAGACCUGGAAGAUCGCAUCCAAAUCAUUCGGCUUCUGCUUGAGAGCGGUUUCCUCUGGGGCAGCAGCGAUCUGGUCUGCCAUGUGGUCCGCCCAGACAAUGGCUACAGAAGUAUGGUUCGAGAUGCCUUCGCAAGGACGAUUUUGCACGAUUUGGUGCGGGAUGCGGUCCACCUCAGCUGGGAUCGCAUUGCCGAGUUGCGCCAAAGUCCUGCGUGUGGGGGCAAUAACAUGGAUGGAGUUGUGUGGAUUGGGGCACAGGCCCCCGACUCCUUCACGCUUACUGGCCUUUUCAAUCAGAAAACCGUGCUGAUGCUGGCAGCAGAGGAUGACAGUGACCACGAUGCAGCCGUCAUCAAUUUCCCGGAGCUGGUUCGACUCUACACAAUGAUGGAGGCGCCGCUUACGACCGUGAACGAAUACGGCUGGAAUGCAGAGAUGCUUGCAGCGGCGAAGCUCAACACUGAGCAUGCUGGCUACCUGAGGCGUACAGUGGAGCAUCAGUGGUACCAGGAGUACGAACAUCAGUUCGCCUAUUUGAGUUCCGCCUUCUUGCCACAAUCAUGGCCUCUUCCAGCUUGGCUCGCAGACGUAGCUGUGUCAGCCUCUUUGCAUAUACAUUGGCUUGCUUGGCUUGCUGUGGCCGGUAUGCUCGUCACUGUGGUGUUGUGUUUCAUGCUGUCCAGCUGCUGUCACGGCUCCGGUGAAGGAUGCUUGACACUUCAGGGCAUUGACAUCUUUUUCAGGGUGCUGUGGCUACUGAUCCUCAAUACAGCAGUUGUGGCGCUGCCUCCCAUCAUUGCCAUCGCUGUGCAGCAGCAAGUUGGGCUGUUUUCGGUUCCCGCAAUCAGCAAAUGGAAUCCUCUCCCUCUUGCAACGAAGUGCAUUGUCUGGCUUUGUUUCUUUGCUGUGUGGCUCUGCAUCUUCGUCGACUGGCGCAGGGCACGUGAGAGGGCCUCCAAUGUCCUCCACGGAAACGAGCAGAGGGUCCGCCUUUGGAGGAAAUUUUGGGGUUUAGAGUUUAGGGUUUAG